AUGGUGAUAAAAAGUUCCAGUAUCCUGCAGACCAAGGUCAGAGCGACCGUUCAUUCACCUUCUGUGAAGCGGGUUUUCCAGUUCCUUUGGCGUAUGGAGUUUUCGAAGAGUGGUACUAUCACCCUUCACUUCCGCCAUAUCACGCUCACCUCUGUCGAUGAAGCGUACAAUUUCAUAGCCGUUAUUUGCCAUUUAACUUCUCAGUGCCUGUCACGAUUUCUGGCGAUGCGACCACCGCUUGCGGAACGCGUUCUUCAAAUGCUGAUAGAGGUUAUUGAGUUGGCUGACCUGAACGGCAAAUUGACUUGCAAAUCUUGCCUUCUUAACCUCCCGAAUCGAAAACUGCCCCACAAGAGGGAUCUCGUGAUGGCUUUAAUGGAUUUCUUUUGUCAAGAUCUGGUUCACAAUUCUGAACUCAAAAAUAUCCAGCUGGAAUUAUUCAAAACUCUUGUCCUUGACAAGACCAUUUUAAAAGCCAUAUUACAUGAAGAUGCAUCGGAUUUUGAUUACGAACACCAUGAGACAUUCAGACGUCAAGCCGUCAAGUUCUUUUCUACCGGAUUCGAACGGAUUGGAAUGGAGUCUGUGGAUUCCGUAUUAUCUGAAGCCGGUUUAAUGUUCCUCUCUGGAGAGCUCAUUGAUUGGUCUCGCCUGUCCUUGAUAGUCUCAGCCUGUAUUCAGUGUGCUGAAUUUGGUCAACAAUGGAGAGAAUCUGCAUCGUCCUUGGUUGAUCUUGUGCUUCCCAUGUUGAUGAAAACAUUUAUUUCUACAACUCUGGACGUGGAUUCCAAUUUUCGUGAUCUAAUUGACCGAAUCAGUUUAUUAAUAACCAUCUUCAGAGUUUCACUAGUUCACGAUUUCAUUAUCGACUUGGAUGAGAGAGGAUUGAAGAAGUUGUGGAAUUUUUUCAAGAACAUUUCUGAUUUACCUGAGAAAAACGGCUUCCUCUUGGGAAUUUCUCUGCAAGUUGUUGUGCUUUUGUUGGUAUUUUCAAAGAAGAAAGGCUUUGAACUCCCGCUGAAUUUUCUGCCAAAACUAUUGAAAAAGGUAGCGGCGCUUGGAAAUCUCCACUGGAUAAAUGAUGCUUCAAUGCGUGACAGAAAUGUGUGGGGAUCAAGCAUAGUCCUGCUUAUUGAGAUGAUAUUAAGUUCAGUUUCUACUCCUGGGGACGUUUCAGAAAAAGUGGUAAAAGGGAUUUUUGAAUUGGUGAAAACUGCCAUAUGCUUGACCUGGUCUCCAGCUGAUGACAGGAAUUGUGCAAGAUGCUCGACUUAUGAGUCCUCUAUGUCCUGCUUCCAACCUCUCGGAAUAGCCACCGUGCUCCAAAUUAUGAAUUGGGGAUGGGUCGAUGAUAAUGCCGCUCAACCUCCGUGUGCUCCUUUAUGCAAAAUACAGCUAGCCUCACACGUAGCCCAACAUAUAACAUGGGAUGUUUGUAGCAGUGUGGACGUUACCAACUUCACAGAAUUUGUCGUUGGAUUGGUCAAAAAGGUUGAUCCUUUAUCUGUUACAUUGCUAAGCGGUGUUUUCACUGAGCUCUGUGGCCGUCUCCUCCCCGAAGGCCCAUCCCGCUGGGCUCCUCUACAUCGUCUACUGCUUGACCGUCUCUCCAUCCACGGCAGUGAGAACUCUUGCGCCUACCAGGAGACCUGCUUAGAAGUGGUGGGUGGCAUUGGGAGGCAGUUGGCCAAUGGGAUUAAAAGCUUAGACCCUCUGACCACCAGCACGUCUAAUGAAUGGGACAGUUCAUUUGGACGAAUGAGCAGUAAAAAGAGCUCGCAUAAAAGUUGCCGUGAUGUUGAACUGUCCAUAUUACGAGUUUCUUGUGACAAUGAUGAAACUAAUCCGGAGUUUCACUAUUCCAAUUUGAUGAAAGAUACCUUGGCAAGCAUUUGUCGUCUUGGUUUCUCUAAUUCCCAUUCGCAUAGUCUAAUCGGCGAGGCAGCAGUCCAGAUUAGUAAGCUGUCGUCAAGUUUAGCAUCAACGAAUUUAUCUAUUCUGCGUGAAGCCAAACGACAAAUUGCUCAAGUUCUCAUAGAACAUCUGGAUCCUUCUGUUGGUCAGGCGUUUGAAACUCUUGCCCGAAUUUUUCAAUUGGAGAAGCUCACUGUAGUUCGGGAACUCACCCUGCCUCUAUUCAUUCUUCUCGUCGUCAAAGGAACUCAAGAAAGUCAUCUGCGAAUCAAACAGUUGGUCGAGCAGAGCCCAGGCUUAACCAGUACGGAUAAUUACAUCACAAAGGUAGCACAACUCUGUAUUUUGCCAGAUGUCAUCGUUCACAUAUACACCAGUCUUUCCGAGGAUCAACGGACAAAAGCGCUGAAAUUUCUCGAGUCACACCUCGAUAUUUCGAUCGAACAAGUGGCGCAGAUGAAUGAUGUCUCAAGACUGCUGCAUCAGUUUGUCCUUAACCUGUACCCGCAUCGCACAGAGGCCCGCGCAGGCCUUGCCUGGCUCGUCAGCAAGGCGAUGAAUCCUCUAGUUAAACCCCUUCAUGGCCUUCUCUUGCAGCAGCACCAUUCCGCCCACUUUCGCACCGAAGCUGCACUCCCAGAUGUCUCAUUCGAGAGUUUCGGUGAAUAUCUUCAGCAGCAUUUGUGUGGUAUUUUGGCUUUCUUCGACAGUCGUUUGCUGGAUGACGAAUGUCCGCUGGAGGAGCGGAGGCAGUACUUGCUAAGCUUAGCUAUCUUUAUGGACCUUGUCGGCAGCCAACCCGUGUCACGAAUGCGCGCCAAGUUUAUCGCCACUCUCAAGCUCUGUCUUCGCUACAAGGUUGUUGAACCAAAGAACGUUGUCCAGCUGUGGGCUAUUUUUCUCAAAACUUUGGAACGUGACUCUCUCAUUGAGCUUCUUCCUGACAUUGUGGCGAAUCUGGUCAGUCUCUAUCCCAUCGCUCCUGAUUAUGUGAAAAAGGCCCUUUCAAGUGUCUUCAUUAAGCGACGUUCUAAUGUUCUAUCGUCCUACUUUAGAGGUCAACUUGAGGAGUCGAUCAAACAGCUUUUCUUUCUUCCCGAUUUGCCGGGUUUAAAGGACUUCCAACCCAUACUCAAAGCCAUCUGCCCCUGGCGUGAUCUGUGUGUUCCAAGCGAGGGCUACCUUGAUCCCUUGGAGUUGCAAUUACCUCCUCCCAACGAUUUUGUCGACCUGCUGGCCGCGUGGGUUGGGGGACUCCAGCACUCCAGUCGGUCCGUUCGUCGCUACUGCCUGGCCUCGCUCGUACCGAGCUCUAUUGGGGGUCGUCGUCACAAUGGUGGUCUUAUGGAGCUAUCCCGACUCGUUGUCAGGGCCCUCCGCGCCCAUCGGCCCUCUGCAAUAGCAUCCACGACCCACGAAGUGGCCGCUGAUGGCACCUCUUCCUCCUCCAUCCGAAACCUCCUCUCCAAGUUGAUUACCUCCCUUAUAACUGGUCUCACUCGCGAUUCCGAUCAGGAUAUUCGCCUACUCUAUGCCAAGUGGCUCGGUGCCCUGGGAGCUAUUGAUCCCUCAAGACUCACCUUGACACUGCGUACAAUUGAAAGCAGUCCCACAGGGAGUAUUCAAACCGCUUUUAACUGGGGUCAUUCCUUCACUUUUGAUGUUAUUAUGGAGCUUGCCAAGAUUUACAUGCGCGGCGCCAGUCCCAAGCAAAUGGAUUCUGCAGCACUAGCGAUUCAAGAGCUUCUGCGGUUGUUUGCGGUAUCGGGAGCCUCGUCAAACACUGAUACUGAAGUGCCGCAAAUAAAGCGCCUCCUUUUGGGUCCAGAACUGUGGGCAAAGUUUUCACAAAGCGUACAGGAUCUUCUUACGCCAUUGCUUAGCUCAAAGUACGUAGUGGAAGGCUUCACUGAUUGGGCUUCCAUACAAUCCCCAAUAUUUGGUCAAGAUAGUUGCCAAUCCUAUGAAACGUGGAUUCGCCUUUGGUCUGGUUCACUGAAAACCUAUGUCUCUAACUCAAUGGCACACAGCUUGUUUCAAUUCUGCGAACCGGUUAUAAAAUCAGAUGUUGAGUUUGCCAGAUAUAUUCUUGACCCUAUCGCCCUUCAAGUUGUAAUCGACGGUUCUCAGAUGGGCACUGUUAAGCUGAGAUCCGAAGUCUUGGCGGUCUUGGAGACGGUGGCGGAUACCAAACAAGCUGGGAGGUACGCUGACAGGUUCCCCGCGGACUUCCUAUUUUACGGCGAUUCCAAACCAACCUCAAUUUCCCCUCCGAUGACGCGAAAGCUUUGGAAGCCGUGGUAUCCACUAGCAGUAGAGACAGUUUUCUCCCUCCUUGACUACCUGAGUGCUUGGCUGCGAGCCAGAUCUGCGGACUAUGCCGUGGUGGUCGCGGCGAUUGCGAAAACCACUGAUCGCAGACCCAACGACACCUUCAAGCCUAACGUGGAGGAGAGGGCCCUUCUCACCGAGCUCCAUUUAGCGGUUACACGAAUGUCGGAGUUCUUCGACUCCCUUCCGCACUCGGUGCAGGCGCGAGCAAGUCGUCGGAUAGGGGGGCUGGCACGCACCCUGCGAAACUGGGAAUUCUCCUUCGCCGACGACGAAGUCGCUCACAAAGCCUUCUACGUUAGCGGCUUCAUUGACCGCCUCGAGGCUCCCGCUGGUCCUCUUAUCAGUGAUAUGGGAAAAGAGAGUCUCAUUGGCCUUCUGGAGACCCUCACUGCUCUUCAUGACACUGACGGCCUCACGGGUGUUUUGGCUCAAAUGCAACACACUGGUAUCCAUCCGUCGUCCAAGUCGAUCGCGACGCUGACUAAACACGACUCCAUCCGUAGUUCCCUUGUGCGAGCACUGCAGUUGGAGAAUGAAGACCAACUGGAGAUGGCAUGUGCCAACUACGAGCACGUUCUGUCCACCGCCCAGAGCAAUGCCCAAGCCUGGGGCCUUCAUGUUGGUCUCUUUCGUUGCCAACUACCUGAUCCCACGUGCCUGCAGGCGCUAAUCGCUCGAACCGACGCUCUUCUUGCCUCACAUCCCUGCGGUAACGCCGACAACAUGGCGUGGGCGCGACAGUUAAAUGAACUUCGUGUGGAGGCGGCUAUUCGACUUGGUGACUGGGAUAAACUGGACCAGGUCAUGGCUUUAGUGAGUCAAAUUUUCACAUACGGAGUUCCGAAUAAGCUCUACGGAGCUCUCUACCCUCUACUUGGAUCAAUCCGAACCUCAUCUGACGAUGUAUUCAAACAGUUUCGCAAUGAAGAAUCAUCGGAAUUAUCCUGGCCAGUCGGGCUUGCCAAGGUGCUCCUCUCGAUGAAGCAGGGCCAAGAUGAGGUACGACGCAACCGGUACUUGGAUAAUUUCAUGGAUGAAUUGCGUCUGAGUCAGAUGACUGUUCUCGCCACUUCCUCUUUGGAGGGUGGUAGCGGUUACCUGCGAGCCUGUGAACCACUCGUUAAUUUGAGUCUCCUUACAGAGGUCGAAAGCAUUAUCGAUUUAUCCAAUCGUUUGACCAAGGAAGUGACAGCUGUCAGCGAGCUGGGUUUGCCCCGAUGUCAGAAGAACUCGGAUCUACUCGUGAGCAAUCUGCUGUUGUGGCUUGAUGCUCGUGUGCAGCAGUCCAAACCGACGUUUCAUACAUUGGAACCGGUUCUUGCCAUGCGCCACGCCGCUUUGCAACUCAUCACUUCCCGUCUCAAGGCGACCCCUCCUUCCUCCAACUCCAGCCUCGGUGACCAACUUAGGGCCCACCAAACACGUCUCCUGGACUCCGCUCUUGGUGAUAGCUGGCUGCAGCGAGCGAAAUUGGCAAGAAGAGCCGGACAGUGUAUGGCGGCUUACACAUGUGUGUUGAACGCGGAGUGCCAGGGCAGUGCGGGCGCACUGACAGAGCGAGCGAAGCUACUGUGGCAGUCGGGCAAACGCGAAGCCGCACUAGCCUCUUUGACUGAGGGUCUCAAGGCCCUCGCCUAUGCCUCCGUCACUUCCCCAUUUUCGCCACGCAACCUCGCCCAGUCCCUCGCCAUGCCCUCGCCCCACUCCAAGCCGCGCGUCGAUAGGGUACUCGACACUAAAUUUUUACUGCAGGCUUUGCUACUACACGCGCACUAUUGCGAGGAGACAAGUCGGUUUGACUUUGACACAACACGGCAUCUCUACUCGGACAUUUGCGAGGCAUUCCCUGGCUGUGAAAAGGCUCACUUCCGUCUUGCUCACUACGUAGAUGAGGCGCGGAGCCAGUCAGGAAAUCAGCAUGAUGUUCUGUUCAAAGUUGCUCUGGAAAACUACGGUCAGGCUUUGGCCUGUGGAAGUCAAUUCAUUUUCCAGUCCAUGCCUCGGUUCCUUUCUCUCUGGCUUGAUUAUGGUGCGGAGGUGGCGAAGAUGCAACAACGGCAACAGCAGACCUCAGCCGCGUCCAUCGGUCGUCGUGGCACCAAUCAAAAAUCUAUCGAAUCCAAUAUGUUGAACACCUUUAACGAAGUCCAAAAUUUGAUGCGACAAAGUCUGUCAAAGAUUCCUGCAUUCCAGUUUUAUACGGCGAUUGGGCAAAUUUUGUCUCGUGUUUGUCAUGAGCAUCCGGCAGUUAUUACAAUGCUGAUUGAUCUGAUUGUUCGCAUUGUUUUGGCCCACCCACAGCAGACUAUUUGGUCCGUUGUUUCACUGCACGAAGCAUCCGUCUCUCAAAGACACGAACGGUUCCAACAGAUAUGUGCAGCUAUCAGGACUCAACAAAAGCCACUAUAUAAGUUUAUCUCGGACUUUGUGGGUUUGUGUGGCCACUUAAGAACAAUUAGCGACCUCUUCUUAUCGUCCGAUCGUCGGGAUGUGAAGUCUUUCAAAAUUUCUCAGGUUAUCCGUCCCUUCACUCGACUGCUCGAAACAUGGUCUCCAGUUAACUAUGCGAUUAAAUCCUAUCUAAUUCUACUGCAACCUCUCACUACCCUAAGUGAUCUCUCGAAUGUGCUGAUUCCGGUACAUCGUCAGCUGGUACCCUCUUUGCUUCGCCCGCACGCCUCCAAGGAGGAGAUUGAAAAUCACCAGCCCUUUGGAGCGACCAGUCGGUUCGUGUGUCUGGUGCGUCUCUACGACGAUGUGGAGAUCUUAGGUUCACAAACACGACCCAAGAAGAUGCGCUGGCUCGGCAGUGAUGGCCGUCGAUACAUUAUCGUGGCCAAACCGAAUGAUGAUAUGCGGAAAGAUAGUCGUCUCAUGGAUAUGAAUAGCAUUAUUAACAGGUUUUUGAUGAGGAAUCCACAAACUUGUCAUCGCAGUUUGGGAAUUCGAACUUAUGGUGUAAUUCCAUUGAAAGAGCACGGUGGACUCAUUGAGUGGGUCAGCAACACGCAGCCGUUUCGCAACAUUUUGACGUCUCUCUACGCUGAAAUCGGGCGACCUUUUAACUGGGUCACAAUGAAUCGUUAUGCUCCGCUUCUUGAGGACUCACUUGAAGUGAAGAGAGAAAAGUUCCUGAAGAAGCUUCUCCCUAUGUACCCACUUGUUUUCUAUCGUUGGUUCAUAAAUGUUUUCCCUAAUCCGAGUGAAUGGUACGAGGCAAGAGAGACGUAUGUGCGCACCUGUGCAGUGAUGAGCAUGGUGGGAUACGCUUUAGGCCUAGGCGACCGUCACACGGAGAACAUACUAUUCGACUGCACCACGGGAGGGCUGGUGCAUGUGGACUUUAGCUGUGUCUUCAACACGGGCCUCACCCUGCCGUGGCCGGAACGCGUGCCUUUCCGGCUAACGCGCAGCCUCGUGCACGCCAUGGGCCCCACAGGCUUUGAGGGCACCUUCCGGCGCUGCGCCGAGGUCACAAUGCACCUAUUACGCCGUGAAAUCGAUCCUCUCAUGGCUGUCUUCCGACCCAUCUACUUCGAUGCCCUUGUUGAGAAAAGUUCCGAGCCUAACGCGCCAGCCGAGGCCGGUCACCGGGGUCGUAAGGGAGGGCAUGAGUUGCCCUCUGAGAACAAACUAACGCGUUCAGCAAUCGAGAAGCUCAAAGGCAUGGAGGAUCGUCUUCGGGGCAAAAUCACUGAACACGAUGACUUUAGCAAACUCCUUCCGAUGUCCGUCGAGGGCCAGGUGGACGUCCUAAUCAAAGAGGCAACGUCAGUCGAUCGUCUUUGUCAAAUGUACAAAGGAUGGAUGCCAUUUUUGUAG